AUGUCGACGCUGAAGCCGAAGCCGAAGCACCGCCCCUUCUGCUUCAGCGUGAAAGGCCACGUGAAGAUGCUGCGGCUGGCACUAAAUGUGACAUCCAUGACCUUUUUUAUCAUUGCACAAGCCCCUGAACCAUACAUUGUCAUCACUGGAUUUGAAGUCACUAUUACUUUCUUUUUCAUACUUUUAUAUAUUCUGAGGCUUGAUCGAAUAAUGGACUGUUUAUUUUGGCCUUUGCUUGAUAUUAUCAACUCAGCGAUAGCAGCAAUAUUCAUGAUAAUCAUAUCUGUGUUGUCACUGUUACCAGAAACCACAACAUUUAUAGUCCUUGGAGGGGUGUUUGGACUCCUAGUAGCAGUGUGCUGUAUUGCCGAUGGGGUCCUUAUGUACCGGAAGCUUCUAUUUAAUCCAAGUGGUCCUUAUCAGAAACGUACGAUUCAUGACAAAAUAUAA